AUGAUUCAAACUUCCACACUUCCAAAAACCAAUAGUCGGAGAAGCUAUAAUUAUGUUCCUCAAUAUACUUCCUCCUCUGUUCGCUCCUCUUCAAAUAGGGGAAGGGAUUCUUUAUUGUACAGUAAUUCAUCAUCAUCACCCUCUUCCUUCUCAAAUACAUCAUGUUCCUCUUUGUCCUCUUCUUCAUCAACCAAUGUUUCACGAAUGAGUUCAAGUUAUUAUUCACCUUCCUCAAUCACACCCACCUCACCAAAUCAACCAAAUUCUACUCAAGUCUAUUCCAAAUAUUCUCAUCGAUUCGGAAAUAUUUCCAGUAAUUACCAUUCACCCAACUUUCUUUCCAAAAAAUCCAAUCCAUCUCUCGUUGAUCAUCAAGAAGAAAAUGUCAUGACUCCUUCCAAUUAUGCAAUUCUUUCAAAUGGAAGCUUGAAAAGAAGACCAUCCAGUUCUCUUGUGAGUAAAAGAAAUACAGACAUGUUUGGGACUUAUUAUACUUUUAGUGACGAAAAAACACCCAAAUUAGUCUCACCGUCUUCAAGAAAAGAAUCAUUAAAUAGAAGUUUGGAUGUGAGUUUUGAAAGAGAGAGAUCCAAAUCUCAACCAAAAUCUCUACUUCGAAAACAAACUACUUCUCCUUCACCCUCUCUUCUUUUACAACCAACAAAAGAUCAUGGCUCAUCCAUAAAAAACCUCAUGUCUAAUUUAUUUGGAUCCAAGAAAGGACAAAAAGAGAUUCAACCUCAGCAGACAUUAUUAUCAACCAACGAGUCGUUGUCGACUAGUUCCACUCCUCCACUCACUGAUUCCCCCACUCUUGUUGACCAUUCUCUUGAAGCAGCAGAUGAAAAGAACCUUCCUCAAACCUCAAUUCUCAAGGAAAGCAGCACUUCCAUUGAAGAAAAGAUGGAGAAAGCUUUAAGUGUAGAGUCAAAUGAUGCAAUUGCACCUCCGUUGCCAACCAAUAGUUACUUGCUUGGUCAUGGCAAUAAUGCUGGACUUAGAAACAUUGGAAAUACAUGUUUUAUGAAUGCCACAUUGCAAUGUCUAUGUUCGAUACAACCUAUCAGAGAUUUUUUCACUUCACCAUUUAAAAUCAAUCCAAAAAAGGAAGGUAAUUUGGCAAAGCAAUUCUCGUCGCUUCUUAAAAAUUUAAUUGCUCCAUCCUGUGAAUCUGGAAGGGAUCCUUUUUUCGCGGUAAAUCCAGUUGAGUUUAAGAAAACUCUCAAUCAAUAUACAUCUCUCUUCAGAGGAUAUGAACAACAAGAUUGUCAAGAAUUUCUGAGAUAUGUACUCGAUGGAUUACAUGAAGAUCUUAACAGAGUGGUUGAUAAACCAAAUUAUGAAGAAUUGAAAGAUAUACCACAUGAGAGUGUCAUUGAUAAAUCGAUUCGAUGGUACAAUAACUACAUUGAAAGGAAUAAUAGUUUCAUUACAGAUUUGUUUUUAGGACAAUUAAAGUCCGAAAUUCGUUGUCAUGCAUGUGGAAGGCAAUCUGUCACAUUUGAUCCAUUUUUAGAUAUUUCCUUAUCCAUUGAUUUUAAAAGCUCAUUCAGAAGAGGAACCAAUGGUCACUAUUCUUGGCCACCAAUCUCCAAACAAUAUCACAAUAUGGGUCAUGAAGUGUCUCUAAAGGAAUGUCUUUUUAAAUUUACAGAAGAAGAGAUGUUAACUGGAAUUGAACAAGUCUAUUGCUGUUCAUGUAAGGCUCAUCAAGAUGUUACCAAGAAACUAACUUUCUAUCGAGUUCCUGAAGUACUUGUCGUUCAAUUGAAAAGAUUUUCAAAUGAUGAAAAAUUGUUAACUCCUGUCUAUUUAAGUGAUCCAAUCAAUUUUUCGAAUUUCAUUGCGAAAGAGGCUAGAGAUUGUUUUUAUCAAAAUGAAUCCAUUGAAUAUCAAUUAUUGGGAGUUGUCAAGCACUAUGGAAGUUUAAGAGGAGGUCACUAUACGUGUCAAGUCAAAAAUUCCAGUGAAGAAUGGUACGACUACAAUGACAGCACUGUGAAGAAAUUACACCAUUUCAAUCCAUCCGAUAGUUCAUCGUAUGUAUUGUUUUAUGGACGAAUAAAAUAUUCAGAAUCGAGUGAGUAA